CCUUUUUAUUGUUUGACCCAGCUUAUUUGUAGAGGGGUAAAGCUUCUGUGAUAGCUUCCCCCUCGUGUAGUUGUCGGCUAGGAUCAAGGGUUCAUCACUUCUGGCCAAUGUGUAAGUGUGCCAAACACAGUUUUCAAGUACCAUGAUUCUCUUAUACAAAGGGUAUACUGCUUUUUAUUGGGAGUUUGCUGCUAAGCUAUUAGGUUUUUGGGCUAGUUGGAAUGCAUGUUGCAUGUGAUUACCCCUAUAGAACUUCUACAGAGAUUCUAUUAAUUGGCUGAAGUUUGUGCUUUAGUUUCUUGUAUCAGUUAAUGUGGGAAGAGAAGGAAACUUUCCUUUUCUUUAUUACUCCGUAUGUUAUAUUGUCUUUCAGCUUUGUAAAUUCAUGUAUGCAUCUCUUUCUGUAGUUUGAUCCAGAGGAGAGCAGGCCUCUAAGAGUUUGCCUGCUUAAUAACUUUCUCAAAAUUUUGUCUUGCCCUAUACGUUAAACUUGGCCAGAAAAUAUGUGUCAGAUCAUUUCCCUUCCAACUUUUGGAAGUUCCAUAUGCUCUUAUAUACAAAUACUAGUUUGUUUAUUUAUUUUCUCUUUAAAAAAGGAAGAAGGGGAGUGGACUUUAGCUGUGGUGUAAUGUACAAGUAGUGGAAUGUUUAGUAUGAGAGCUACCUUCUUACCAUUCGAUGAUGUUUUCAGUGUCUUGCAUCUGCAAAUUCUUGACUUCUCCUUUUGCCUCAUUCUGAAAUUUUUGCUUUCAGAUAUUGGAUUUCAAGGGGGCAAGUCAAAAUCAUUAUAUUGCAGAGAAGGUCACCUAGGCAUUACCCUUGUAAAAUUUGCCAGUGAUCAGUCAGGUUUGAAAGAGGCUCUAAGGUUGACAGAAUACUUUCUCAAAGACAACCGUGGGAGAAAUGGUUGGUCCCGUGUGCAUCCCUUGACUUUAGUGAAGGACGAAGAAAACAAUCCAGACCUAGUGAAGGUUGAUCAGCGAACAGGCGAGAAAAAGAGAGUGUUCUAUGGAUAUUUGGCAACAGUUUCUGAUAUGGAUAAGGUUGAUUUCGAGACUAGGAAGAAGGUUUCUAUUGAGAGCAUAAGAGAAUUCCAGUCAUCAUCAUAAUAAAACCGUUAUGGUAACUUUGCUAGGGUAUCUAAUUACUUCCAUCUUCCCUGUCUAGAAAAGUUUCAUCUUUUCGCUUGAUGAUCCGCAUUGCCUUUCCCUUUUGGGGCCUGGGUAAUGAUUUUUCUGUGGCUAAAUUGUCAAUUUCGUGGACAAUUGGUACAAGCUUCCUGCUCUCUUUAUCGUUAAUGAUCAUAGGCUGGUGUUGGUUCUCAAUUGAGCUCUAUGAAUUGUUUGUUGCAUGAAUAGUUAGAAACAGCCAAGGGAUGGUAAGGGAGGGGGAUUGACAGGUAGGAUUAUGCUUACUUUGAUGCUCUUAUUAUUUGUGAUGAUUAUCGAUUAGUUGAUCAUAAUAGGCAUAUAAACUAUACAUCUAUGAUUGCUAGAUUAGUAUCUUCUUAGCAUACUUAGUUGGCUGCUUGGCUUGAAUCUAAGCACAUAUCAGAACACUGCUUUCGUUCUGCCCUUUAAGCCAUUCUUUUGUAUCUCAUUUGUGGAUUGAUCGAGACACUUUCAGUGCACUAAUUGCUUUUUUCCCACUA